ACAGUGUACAGCUUACAUCAGCGUGUGUAUACUGUGUCUGUGGAUCUGAUAAAGGUUUGGUUGGGUGUUUCUCUUUAAUUCUGCGGCAUCUCUCUGACUGUAUGCGGGCCUGCUGUUCUGGAAGAGGGCGGGCCGUGAACACAAUGAGCAGAUUUCGGACAGUAAACUAACCGAUGCGACAUGUACGCAGCGUGGACUUGCGGGGAUUUCAGCACGCAGCCCACCUAACUUGGUUUGCAUUGAUUGAAUUUGGCAAUGGCAUGCGGAGCUUUAAGUUGAGCAGAGGCCCCGGUCUACUGUGCGAAAACUGACCUCGGGUAAACCCUCAGAGGCGCGGAGGACUUUGGAGAUAUUCUGCAGAGGUGUUUUUGCGCAGCACGGAAACUCAACGCAUAGGGUGAUGGUCCCCCUGCCAACUGAUAAGAAGUGAAACUGAGAUUAUUAAGGGACACAUAGACAGCCACUGCGCCCCUGUGUAGAGGUGCAAGAUGAUGUCACUGAUAGAUCUGGACGAUGAUCAGCGAUGGGUGCCAACACAUGUGAAUGUCACUGUCCUCCGCGCAAGAGGACUGCGAACCAAGGGCAAGCAUGGCAGCCGCUACCUCUACACCAUCAUCCAGGUGGGGAAGGAGAAGUACACCACCGGGCUGGUGGAGAAAGCGGCUGUACCCGAGUGGAACGAGGAGUGCUGCUUCGAGCUGCUCCCGGGGAUCCUGGAGGACGGCGGCCGAGGCGCAUACCCCCCGGGGAGCGGGGACCUGGUCCUCACCGUUAUGCACCGAGUGCUUAUCGGACUUGAUGUGUUUCUCGGUCAAACCAUCGUCCCUCUUGAUAAGAUAUUUCAGGAGGGAAUGUGUCCACGAGAUGAAUGGUUCAAGCUCAACUCUAAGGCAGGAAGAAAAGAAAAGGAACGAGGUGAACUUCAGCUAACAGUCCAGUUCACUCGCAACAACAUGACAGCCAGCAUGUUCGACCUCACCAUGAAGGACAAACCUCGCUCUGCUUUUGGCAAGCUCAAGGAUCGUGUCACAGGGAGAAAGAGGGGGGACGUAGAGUCUUCCUCGGCCAUUGUGCCAGGCCGCUACGCCGCCCUGUCAGGAUCCCUGGGGCAGCCAUUUGGGGAGGAGGUCGGAGUGGCAGUGGAGACUCCAGAUGUAGAGAUAGCAGAAGAGAAAAGAAGCAAGAUGAAAGAUUUCUUCAAAGGAAGACUGCGCAAGUCAUCUGACACCAAGUCAUGCUCAUCACUGGCUUCAGAGAGUAGUGUAUCUUCCAUGGCCAGUGAAAACCCUGGACCUCCGCCCAGUCUGGACCUGCUGUCAGAUCCUCCCAGCUCUCCUAUCUAUACUACUAAAGUGAGAGUGGACACCCAUUACGGAGAGACAGAUUUAGCUAAAAAAGUGCUCACCAGCCAGCACACCACAAAGGCUCUCACUCACAAGCGAGCCCUCAGCGAUGAAGCUAGUAAGAUCACAACAGCCUUCCCUCGAACAAAUCCUGCAGUGGAGUCUCUCAAGGGUCAGACCAUGACUCAGUCCAAGUCUUCCUUGUGUAUAAAUGGAAGCCACGUCUACGACUCUGAGCCGCCCACUCCUAGGAUCUCAGGAGCCCAUCCGUCCAAGUUGGUCCUGCUAGAGAAGUGCUCCCCACUCUCUCGUUCCCUGCAGAACCUCACCAAGAGAAGUGAGGACAAAGGUUCCUUUGCGGACGGCCGACGCUGGUCCUUUGACAAGACGAAGAAAGACGAAAAAGAGGAAGAAAAGGAAUCUCAGGCAUCGUCUCCCCCAAUUCAACAAGCUCAGAUUGGGGGUCAGGCAGCGACGCCAGGUUCCUCCUCUCCUUCACCUGACAAAGGGAGGAAGCUAAGAAAGACAUUAUUCUCUGGAGGGAGGAGUGAUUCCCUACCAACUAAGUCAGACCUGAACCAAGCCGCUUCAACAUCUGAGGGGCGGCUCAGAGGCUGGUUUGGCUCCGGUGACUCCCAGAACAAACCAAGGCUGGAAGUUUCUCCUAAGGUAGAAAGCAGCUCAGAUGUACCCCCUCCCCUCCCUCCUCGCUCCCCUGUACCCCCUCAGUGCUCCCCUCCCUCUGCCACCCUCUCUGGUCUUGUCUCACCUGAUGACUACAAUCACACCAAUCCCUUCACCCCGUCUCCCUCUCCCUCCUCAACCCCCAUCUCCCCUUCCAACCCUUUCCCCUCACGUAUGCAGUGCAACCCCUUUUUUGAAGAGCUCAUAGCUGAAGAGUCACAGAAGUCUCCUCCUUUUGCGUCUUGCUCCUCUUCUGGCUCAUCCCCCUUUCAUUACACUACUCUGCUCUCCCAGCCCUGCACACCCAGCCCUGCUCAUGAUGUUAAACCUACAAAUAUGGCUUUCAUAAAGCGGGAACGCCCCAGACCGGUAGCUAGACAGAUAUCUCUCCCUGCAUUACUACCCAAAGCAGCCAUGCCUAACUCCCCGAACCACUGUGCCCCUCGCUCCAUGUCAGAGAGUGCAGGAGAAUGGGACGACUCAUUUGAUGCCUUCGCCUCUAGCAGGCUCAACUCACCUAAAGGGAGUCUUCCUCAGAAACAGCUGAGGACCAGUCCAACUUCAUCUCAUAGACAUAAUUAUCUUCCAGUUAAUACCAAUAAUCAUGCACAAGAGCUUCAAGUAUGUGAAGAGGAGCCUCCGCCUUUGCCUCCACGGAGACUUUUAAGAAAUUCAGUUAACGAGAUUUACUCCGAUGGCUGGCUGCACAGAGGUCAAGAGCUAGCUGUCCACAAAGAAGCUUACCUCCUCUCACAAACCGGUGUAGCCUCGCUGCAACAUGGGAGAGAAGGAGAUAGCAAAAGAAACAGUAUAUCCCCAGACCCUCAAACGAGCAGCGAGAACUCUGAUUGCCUCAGCAUUAACUCUCAAGCAUACAGAAAUACUACUUCACCAGGAUUAAUGUCUGAAGAAAAGCUCAAAAAGUUCAAAUAUGAACCUUUGGAAGAUGAAACUGACCGCUGGGGAGGGAUGUUGUUUGAGCAAGAUCUGUAUGGACGUAUAUGUAGAGGAAACUAUGGACAAACCAACGUAAACAGUCAUCAUUUAUCUGUGGAUGCUGAAGAAACUGCUGGAUAUAAGAUCACAUCUAUGAACUCAGGACCUAUAAGGGUUCUUGACAGCGAGAUAAAUGUUGCAGACCUUUUGAACUUGUCAUCUACUCCUCCCCCACAGCCGGAUGCAAAGGUAGUAGAUAUUACAACCACUCCAGUAGAGCAGACUAAUCCACCUGAAACCACAUGCAUCAACAAUAACGUGUCUUUCUCACUAACCUUAGGAGAUCUGAACAUGAAUGUGAACAAUUUAGAUUUUAGUUUUAUUGAUUCAGAUGGCUCUUCUCAGUCAGAGGUGGCUGAUACUCUCAAAGGCAUCAGCAGUUUACAACCGUCAGAAGACUCGCUAGCCUCUUAUCAUGCAGAGACAGUGACCACGCCUCAGGAUAGGUUCACUCUGAAGGACACAUACAUACCUGAGAUGAACUCUUCCUUUGAAAUUCCUGCAUCAUCUAACAAACUGUGCAAAGUCUCUCCAGUAUGCCAAGACAAUUGCCAAGAUUGUGAACUGAAUAACACAGUGCCACAUGGCAACUCCAGUGGGCAGAUGGCUGCUUUGUCGUCACAAAAUCAAACCUCUAAUCCACCCGAUCUUCAAUCCAAAGAAGAUGUACCUACAGGUGUUGACGAUUUUAUAAAGACACAAAAGGACUUUGAUGAUAAUGGAAACCCACAGGGUAAAAUAGACACGCUUAACCAGAAGGAGCCAACUUCUGGUGUGGUUAGUGCACGUUUUAGACCAAAAGGAGUGUCCCGACAGAACAGUGGUAGCAGCCCAAACAACCAAAACAAAAGUGGAGAGAGAGAGUUUGAACAGUUGUUGUCCCUUGUUCAGAAUAUUACCAGAGUCAGUGAGGGACCACUGUCAUACCAGCCCACUAAAUCAACUCUUUCUUCCUUACUGUUAUUUAAUAAACAGACAGAUUCCCUAGGAGAGAGCACCAAAGACCAAGCACAUCACAAUGAGACUAAUUCACAAAUAUGUUCAAAAGAUGACACAACAAACCUUCUUACAGAAAAAUGUGUAACAGGAAAAUCCUCUGACAUCAGUUUUGAAGACCUUCAUGCAAAAGUAGCACCAAGAACCCCUUCAAAGUCAAAGAUUGGGCAAUCUUUGCAAGAGCCUGAACCCCCUUCUCCUUCCAUCCCUUGUGCACUCUCCCUUUCAGCUGAUGCACAGGUUACGCACAACCCUACCCCUUUCUGUUGCCCCUCCAUACAUCCCUCAAGCAUGGGGCCCAGUGCCGGAGCCAGCACUACUUUGGCUGUGGCCCCCUACACCUCCUCCUAUUCUACCAUCUCCACCACUGACCAGCCCCUGGUCGAUGCACGGCACUCACUUUUGCCUGAGGAGACACAACCAGCUAGCAACCUGCCCCAUCUGGAGAGCAGACCUCAUCCAGUGAAGCCGUUAACUUCUAGCCAAUCAGAGAAGAAGGAGGGGCGUUCAGUUCUGGAGAAGUUGAAGUCCACCAUCCACCCUGGACGUGCCACCCACCAGGUUGUAGCAGAACCUGAGAAGAGUCAGGAGGUGACAGUGGACAACUCGGCUCAGUAUCAGCACCUGACCAACAUGGAGCUGAUCUCCCUGCUGCUGCAGCAAGAGAUGGACAUGCAGAAGCAGCAGGCGGCCUCCGAACGGCAGGAGGCGCAGCUGCAAAAGUGCGAGGCUGAGCUGAAAAAGGUCAAGUUACAAGUCCGAGACCUGGAGGACUACAUUGAUAACCUUUUACUGCGGAUCAUGGAGCAGACACCCACGCUGCUUCAAGUGCGCACUAGGCACAAGUGACGACAGUGCUAGUGUGUGUGGUGUAUUGCACAUGAUGUAUGCUCCUCUAGAAUACUGUUUCCUCAAGAGUGGGUGCAAAAUACAGGGUUGCUAUUAGAGAUUGGGAAUCUCUGUUCUAGAGACAGUCAAACAAAUACUCUACACAAAAUCUGAUCUCACAGUCAUCCAGGUCUUCUCACUGCUAAUACUGCCUUGUUGAUGUAGACACGAUAUUACCCAACAUGCAUGCUGGUUACCGUCCCAAUUUGGCACGAAGAGAAAACAGAACAAAGUACUAUAUGAAAAAGCUUCUAUCAAAGCGGUUGCAAAUGAUUAUUUUACCCAUGCUUACUAUAAUGAUUUAAGGUAGUCAGCUAUUGUCAAUUUAAACUUUAAUCUCACUGCUUCCACACAUGCUUAAAGUAAAAUAAAAUAAAAUAAAAUAAAGGCUAGAGAUACUUCUAGGGGUGCAUUUAAUGUGCUCUUUGAGGAUUAAAGUAGUUCCUCUGGCAAAAUAUGACGUUAGCUCAAGUAACCUUAAAAUUGCAGAUGUCAAAGUGCAAAAACAACAUUUUGGAACAAGAUUUUCAUCUGUCUCUUUUAUGAAAUGCCAAGCGCACAAAGGUUGACUUGGGUUAAUAACAUAUUUUAAGAUAGACUUUCAGAAAUGUUAGAAAAAAUAGCAACACAUCAUAAAAUGCAGCACUGCAACAUGUUUACUAUAAAAAAAAGUUUCUGCAUUAACAUUGUAUGAUAAGCAAAAAGCAAUGUUCAUGUUUGUGCCCGAAAAGAAAAGAAAGAGGAUGAGGAAUGUUUUCAUUUUGUGUCUCUGUUUUGUUUUCUAUUUUUACUAAAUAUUGUGUUUAUUAGAUACUAGUUCCACAUUACAAAUGUUUUUUGGUUUCGUUGUCCAUUCUUGCAAUAUUUUGUUGGAACAGCAACAUUUUACUGUAGAAACAACAACUCAUCAAUGCAGUAAAUAAGAGUAUUAUAAGUUAUUUCUAUAAAAUACUUUUGUCAUGAUAAUAUAUUCUAUUCUAUCUCUCUAGUACCACUGUAGCUACUUGCAAUGCUUUACAAUGACCGCAGUACUGUACUGUAAUAAAAUAAAGCGCACAUGAA